AAUGGCCGAUUGCAUUUUGUACCCACAAAAACCCCUCUCUCUCUCACAUCUCUCUUUGCUCUCUCACACACUGUCAAGAACAAAAGCCCAAUUUCACAAAUGACUCUGUUAGGCACGGGAACCCAUGUCCUGGUCUUCCCUUUCCCUGCACAAGGUCACAUGAUCCCACUCCUCGACUUCACCCACAAACUCGCCCUCCAAGGUUUAACCAUAACCAUCUUGGUGACCCCCAGAAACCUCCCUCUUCUAAACCCCCUUCUCUCAACACACCCUUCAAUCAAAACCCUAAUCCUCCCUUUCCCUCCCCACCCUUCCAUCCCGCCGGGAAUAGAAAACGCCAAAGACAUGUCUACGAACUCCUUUGUUCCUCUGAAGCACGCCCUCAGUCAACUCCGUGAGCCCUUGCUGACGUGGUUCAGAUCUCACCCUUCACCGCCUGUUGCUAUCAUUUCUGAUAUUUUCUUCGGGUGGACCCACCACUUGGCUUGCCAGCUUAGCAUCCGUCGCAUCUGUUUCUCGCCGUCUGGAGUUAUGGCCGUGUCGGCUAUAUUCUGUCUGUGGCGGGACAUGGUUAAGAAUGAUGAUCCCGGCAAUCAAAACACUGUCGUUUCGUUUCCUAGGAUUCCGAAUUGUCCGAAAUACCCAUGGUGGCAGCUUUCGCAAAUUUAUCGGAGCUACGUUGAAGGAGAUCCGGUGUCGGAGUUUAUCAGAGAUGGUUAUUACGCUAAUAUGGCGAGUUGGGGACUCGUUUUUAACUCGUUCAGCGAGUUGGAAUCGGUAUAUUUGGAUUAUCUGAAAAAUGAAAUGGGCCACGAUCGUGUUUGGGCUGUUGGGCCGGUGCUUCCAAUCAGUGACAAUCUCUCUCGGCCCAUUGAAAGAGGAGGGUCCAGUUCCGUUUCUCAUGAUCACGUGGCUUCAUGGCUUGACACGUGCGACGAUGAAACGGUCGUGUACGUCUGCUUCGGGAGUCAAGCCGUCUUGACAAAUGAUCAGAUGGAGCGAGUCGCAUCAGGACUAGAACAAAGUGGGGCCCAUUUCAUGUGGUCCGUAAAGGAACCCACGAAACUCCACGUGGCGGAUAAGUACGGGAAGGUUCCAUCGGGAUUCGAAGAUCGUGUGGCUGGGAGGGGCCGCGUGAUAAAGGGAUGGGUCCCGCAGGUGUCGAUACUGAGCCAUCGAGCCAUUGGUUCGUUCUUGACUCAUUGUGGGUGGAACUCUAUCCUAGAAGGGCUAAUGGCUGGUGUGACGAUGCUUACAUGGCCAAUGGGUGCGGACCAAUUUCUCAAUGCGACUCUGUUGGUUGAUGAAUUGAAGGUAGCCAAGAGAGUGUGCGAGGGUUCGGGAAAUUUGCCCGACUCGGAUGAACUAGCCAGGCUGAUUGCAGAAUCGGUAAGUGAGAAGGGGUCGAUUGAGAGAAAACGACGAGCCAUGGAAUUGAGCAAGGCCGCACUGGAGGCUGUCAAAGAAGGCGGAAGUUCUGCACGGGAUUUGGACGAGCUGGUAAAUCUUUUGGCUGCUUUGGAAUGAACGCCAGUUACUUGAUUCAUGGAAGAUUAAAUAAAAUGUUAAAUAUUUUAAUUUCUUUUUUACUAGUAUAACAACCACCACCUCUAGACUAUGAGAGCUAAUUUAAAAAUAAAGAAAGCGUGAGAGAUUCAAAAACUAGUAAAAUCCAAAUAAGAAACAAAUGUCAUGAUAAGUAUUGAA